CCCACACAUUUUCCGCGGAAAAUCUGGCAAACAUGGAAGGUCGAUCCCAUGAUGUUCGAGGAGCGCGAUCACAACACUGCCCGCACAUGGAUCAUUAAAAACCCCGACUUUCGCUACGAGGUGCUCACCGAUGAGAACGAUCUCGCAUACGUGGAGACACAUUUCGGCCCAGAGGGCUUCAACCGACCCGACAUUGUCUACGUCUACCGCGAAUUGACUGCUCGCAUCAUCAAAGCUGAUCUGUUGCGCUACAUGAUCAUGUACGUGGAGGGUGGUCUGUACACCGACAUUGACGUGGAGGCUCUCAAGCCCGUCAAGAACUUCAUUCCCAAGAGAUGGGAGGAGACGGACAUUGACAUGGUCGUGGGCAUUGAGAUUGACCAACCGGAGUUCUCUGACCAUCCGGUAUUGGGCUCAAAGUGCAAGUCAUUCUGCCAGUGGACAUUCAUGUGCAAGCCGCAACUUCCGGUGAUGCUCACGCUCAUCGAGAACAUCAUGAAGUGGCUGCACACGGUCGCCAAGCAGCAAAGGUGUAGAAUCUCGGAGAUCAAGCUGGACUUCGACCAAGUUAUCAGCGGUACCGGACCUUCAGCGUUCACCGAGGCCAUCCUCAAGGACAUCACCAAACGCACCGGCAAGCCCAUGAGCUGGGACAUCUUCCACAGCAUGCAGGAGUCGAUCGUAGUCGGCCGUGUGCUCGUGCUCACCGUGGAAGCCUUCGCCGCCGGACAGGGCCACUCUGACUCUGGCACCCACGACGCCAAGCAGGCUCUUGUCAAGCACCACUACCACGCCUCCGGCUGGCCGACCACCCAUCCGCGAUUCAACCACCCGAUUUACGGUGAAGUCGAGAAGUGCAAUUGGGUCGCCGAGUGCGUCAAGCAAUGGGACGAGGACACCGCGGCGUUCAACGCUCUCCCGCAAGAUCAGAAGAUCAAGCAGAUUGCCAUCAAAGAG